AUGGCCGUGUUUAAUAAAAUUCAUCCGGAUAUUUUUUCGGGAUACUUGCCAUUACCACUUUCUCAUCUUUAUCUUUCCUUUACUACCAGACUAAGGUUGAGCUAUGAUGCCAUUUUCUAUUUGGUUUUUUUGAACGAAUUGAUGUCCAUUUUGUGCCUGAUAAACCAUAGCACCUCCAACCAACCCCCCGCCGAUGUAUUUGUACAGGUAUCCUACGGUCGUGGUGGUCGUGGUUUGGGCGUAGGAGUUCGAUUUCGACGUUCAUUUUGGAAUCGAUACGUCGGCUUUCUCGGUUUGAACCUCAGUUCACUACUCAAUAAAUCCCGAGGAUUGCAUUUAGUGCUCGCUCCAGGUCUCUCAACUGGAGUCAAUGUUCAACUUACGCCUCAAGCAAACGCACGUCUCGAAUGGCGUUGGGGAUUGGAUUCCGGUUUGUCCAGUGAGGUUGUCUGGUCUUCGUCUGACGAGAAGCUACUUGCACGCCUCUCCGCUAGUCUUGGUGCAAGUGGUCGUGCGGGGAUCGGAAUACGUCUAGAACGAGUAGUCUCUUGGUCUUGGUUAAACCCACCGCGCGGAUCGGGUGCUGCCAAAGGUGAAGAUGAAUUUCGUGAUAAUUCUAGUCCGGAUUGGGCCAAAGCGGACGAGGAAGAUAUGGCGUGGAGUGGUCCACGCAAAGAGGGCCAGGUCUUCGGCUCUUUUGAUGUGAACACGCUGGAUCUAGUCGAGGUGACUGUCGGUGCUCAGUGCUCCAUUUCUCUGCAUUCUCGCGUUUCCGGCUCGUUGUCACUCAGCCUUCAACGUGGAGUGAAUGUGAAGCUAAGCAUACUUCGAGGUAAUCAAACCUAUUCCCUCCCACUUCGUCUCUCUGAACAACCGAGCAAGGUAGCUUUAGGCUACGGGUUCUUCGUACCGGUAUUGCUGUUUUCUGCCGUUCGUUCACUGGUCUACGAACCGUAUUUGAAGCGGCAAUUACAACGUGCUCAAGUGUCCCGGCGAGCUCAACUCCGAGGUGAACUAGCUCGACAGCGUCGGGAAGCGAUGACCACACAGGCUCUAAUGCGCCAGGCUGCUGCCCGAUCGCGUGAUGCGGAGGAAGCCAUCGGAGGUUUAGUUAUCGUGCGCGCAGUUUACGGCUAUGUGCCAUGUACAGAUCUUGGUGAUUUAUCCCUCAGCGAUACCGGUGGUCCUUUAAACGUGGACGUCACGGUACCACUUCAAGCUCUUGUUCAGGAUAGUCACCUUCGAUUGCCCCCGGGUCGCUGGGCUGACAUGCAAGGAUUUUACGAUCCAUGUUUGGGUUUCUUGCGGGGUUUACGUAUUCUCUAUGACUUUCACAGAGUUCCACACGAGGUUACAGUGAGCGAGAAAGAGGGACUGGCUAUCCCAAUGACCAAGCAUCGCAUCGAACGUAUUUGA